AUCACAACAACCCUUCUCUUUGCUCUUGUAUUCUUAUCUUGCUAGUUGUUCACCAAGCAUUUUUUCAUCAAGUCCCAAUUCAUCAGAAACACAUGGCCGAGGCUUUGCUCCUCCUUACAGCCAAGGGAAUCCUGAAAGGGUUGCUUUCCCUAGCAACCAAUCAGAUUAAUAAUCAGAUUAACCUGGCAUGGGGUUUCAAGAAAGACCUUGAAAAACUCAUCGAAAGGCUAGAAAUCAUUCAGGCUUUGUUACUUGAUGUUGAGAACCGGAAAAUAACAUCACAUACUAUGAUGACUUGGCUAAAGAAACUCAAGGAUGCAAUAUGCCAUGCUGAGAAUGUGCUGGAUGAAUUGGCCUAUGAAGGUCUUCGAAGAAAGAUAGAGGCACAUAACCGGAAGAGGAACAAGGUGCGUGAUUUGUUCACCCUCUCUGAUCCAUUGUCGUUUCGUUUCAAGAUGGCUAAUAAGGUCAAUGACAUCAAUGAAUUGUUAGACAGAAUUUGUAAAGCAGCAAAUGAUGUCGGUCUUAAACCAGCUGAGCAACUCAAUGAUGCUAUUGUUGAACCUAGCGAAUUCAGGACGACUUUACCUUUUAUAGGCGAUACACAAGUUGUGGGGAGGGACGGUGAUGUUAAGGUAGUGGUUGAUAUGUUACUUGACUCUAACGUGGAAGGUGAGUUACCUGUCAUUGCCUUUGUAGGAAUGGCUGGGCUAGGAAAGACAACUCUUGCUCAGGUAGUUUACAAGGAAGAAAAAGUCUUGAAGAACUUCAGUGAGGAGAGAAUUUGGAUUUGUGUGUCUGAUGAUUUCAAGGUAGGAAGGUUAUUGAAUGAGAUGGUGCAAUCUCUUCCUGGAGAUAAGUGUGAGACACCCAACAUUGAAGCGAUAAUGAGAAUGCUUAGACAAAAAUUGAAUGGGAAAAAAUACUUGCUUGUAUUAGAUGACGUGUGGAACACAAAGCCAGAUUUAUGGGAAAACCUCAGAAAUUCUUUGGUAGAAAUAGGCGGCUCUAAGGAAAGCAAAAUUUUAGUUACUACCCGUAGUAUGGAAGUCGUAGAAGCAAUGCGAACAUUCCCGUCAUGCACCCAUCCGCUGACACCACUAUCUAAAGCUGAUUGUUGGACAAUGUUUAAGAAAAUAGCAUUUUCCAAUAGAGGACCAAGCGAAACUCGAACUUUAGUGGAUAUUGGUCGAAGAUUGGUAGAAAAGUGUAAGGGUGUGCCAUUAGCGAUAAAGUCAUUAGGAGGUUUACUGUACUCGAAGCAAGAUGAACAAGAAUGGGAGUCCAUCGAGAAGAGUGAAAUAUGGAGUUCGCUCGAAAAUGAAAAUGAAAUUCUACCAAUAUUGAGGCUUAGUUUUGACCAUUUGCCAUCACCAUCUUUGAAACGAUCGUUUGCAUUAUGUUCUAUUUUUUUGAAGGACCAAGUCAUUAUCAAGGAUUACUUGAUUCAACUUUGGAUGGGUCUAGGAUAUCUCCAACCUUCUUCACGAGGUAAGGUGGAAAUGGAAGAAUUAGGCAAUCAGUAUUUUAAUAUUUUAUUGCGCAAUUCAUUAUUCCAGGAAGAGAAAUAUGAUGAGUACAACAAUAUCACGAGUUGCAAGAUGCAUGAUCUUGUACAUGAUCUUGCACUUUAUGUCUCACAGGGUAAUUGUUUGACUUUGGAAGCUAGUGAGGUGAAGAAUAAUCCCGAUGUUGAACAUUUGUCGUUGUUUCUUGGGGAAGAAAUACGGUUAGAUAUUUUAGAAGAAAAUCUUGAAAAAUUGAGGACACUGUUUUUAACGGGAGAUCUCCCUGAGAACACCAAAAAAAUUCAAUGUAUUCGUGCCCUGCGGUUAACUGGCUCCAAGUUUCCGAGUUCAAUAUGCAAGUUCAUACAUUUAAGGUUUCUUGACAUCUCUAGAUCUUCUAUUAGGAAAGUCCCAAAUUUUAUCACCAAGCUCUACAAUUUGGAAACACUGAAUCUACCAAGGUCUAUUGAAGAGCUUCCAAAAAAUAUCCACAACUUGGUUAGCUUGAGACAUUUGUAUCUUGAAAAUAAUUAUGAAACUAGAAAAUUGAUGCCAAUGAAGAUAGGGGAGUUGACAUCUUUGCAAACAUUACCAUUCUUUGUUGUGGGCGAGAAAAGUGGCCACAGAAUUGAAGAAUUGGGUAACUUAAGCAAGCUAAAAGGUAGUUUAGAGGUUUGGGAUCUACAAUACGUGAAAGACAAGGAAGAAGCAGAGAAGGCUAAAAUGUCAGAAAAAUAUGAACUUCAAGAGUUGACAUUGUAUUGGGAUGGAGACCUUAGAAACUCCCACGAUAACCAUGAGGAGGAUGUGUUGGAGGGACUCAAACCUCACCGGAAUGUUAAGGGAUUAAAACUAAUGAAGUUUGGAGGAAGAAGAUUGCCAUCGUGGAUGAGUAAAGAUGCCCGCUCGCUUCAAUAUUUGGUGAAGAUUGAAUUAAAUGACUGCAGGUUAUGUGAGCAUGUCCCUGCACUUGGACACCUUCCGCAUCUUGCAACAGUCAAAAUGUGUUAUUUGCGUAAUUUGAAGCGUAUUGGUGCCGAAUUUUAUGGACCAGAUGAAGGCAUUUUUGAUAGUUGCUGUAGUAGUGGGGCAGCGACAACAAGAGUAUUUCCAGCAUUGAGGGAAUUCCAUCUUUUUGAUAUGCCUCAGCUAGAAGAAUGGUCAGAUGUAUCAUCAUUGCCUGCUUUUGCCAUGAAUAUGUUGGAGUUCUUUCCCCGUCUUGAAGAGUUAUACAUCACGACAUGCCCCAAGUUGAUAACCAUCCCAGCAUUCAACGGAUGGACGUCCCUUCAACAUCUUUAUAUUCGACACUGCCCCGAGCUUUUAAGUUUGCCAAAGGAGUUGCUACAACCAACCCUUGAAGAUAUAGGCCUGAAUGGCUGUCCAAAGUUAACUACGCCAAAUCCAGAUGCAUUACGCAGCCUCACAUCCAUCAAGAAUCUGGAAGCUGUAGAUUGUUCGAUAUUGCGGACUUGUUGGGAGGAGGGGCUGGUUUGCACCACCAGCCUUCGAAGUUUGCAUAUAGGUAGAUUCAGAGAGGAGUCAACAUAUUUCCCUUGGCCCUCCAAAAGUGCCGCAACACCGUGGUGCCAUUUCCCCUCUCUGGAGAUUCUGUCCUUAUUCGAUGAUGGAUCGGAAGAUUGUUUCGAGUCUCUGCCUGAUCAACUUGAGCACCUUCCUUCCUUGACAAGUUUGGAACUUCGGUUUUUCUACGGUUUGAAAUCUCUGCCGGAUUGGUUCGGUAACCUUUCAUCUCUUGAACGCUUCAGAAUAGCUGAUUGUCCUGAUCUAUCUGAAAGAUGCAAAGAGGGAGGCAAUGAUUGGCACAAGAUUACUCAUAUUCCAUCCAUUAUCAUAGAUUCAUGGUACCGAGACUUGUGA